UAUGUGUGGAACAAAUUUAUAAUUAUACGUAGCGUAUUUAUCACUGCAUGCAUAAUUUAUAAAUCAUAUCAUAAUUAAAAACUAAAAUAAUGAUACAACGUAAUGAAAGUAAAAAAAAAAAGCACACCCAUAACAUGUAGAACGAAAACAAAAGAAAGAAAGAAAGAAAAGAUAAAAAAUAGGAGACGUUGAAAAUUCCGAUCGGGUUCAAACACAAGUUAGAUGAACUUUGAACUGUACGAACGUAAACAUUCCCACUUCCGCUAGUUGUAGAUAGGAAGAUGUGCGAAGUUUGGCGCAGAAAAUCCAGCGUGUAGCAUUCAGUGUUUAUAAAACGUGUGCCUGUGGAAUAUUCUGCUCAGUAAAAGAUGGUGGCACAGAAGUGUGCAUUUAAUUUUCUAGGUUAAUCUCACUAUGUCGAUGUGUACUAAAGCUGUGUGAAAGAAAAGAUCCGGAACCAUGGAGCAAUUUUUACAAGAAACGAAAAGCUGUCUGGCGAAGAAAAAUUACAACGAUAAAACAAUACAUGUUGUUAUUGGCAACGAGGCAUGUGACCUUGACUCAGUGAUUUCAGCCUUGACCUAUGGCUACUUCCUUCACAAGACAUCAACGUCCAGCCAAACUUUAUGUCUUCCCGUGCUCAAUACUCAGAAAUCUCGCUUUCAUCUCAAAACGGACACAAAAUUUCUCCUUAGUAAAACAGGAAUAAACCCGGAUUGUUUGACCUUCAAGGACGACCUUGAUCUUCAUGACCUCCAUCAACAAGGCAGACUGUCCUUGACCCUGGUUGACCACAAUGUGUUGGUUGGAGGUGAUGUUGUACUAGAAGACAGUGUUUCCACGGUGAUUGAUCAUCGGCCAUUAGAAAGAAAACCUAGUGACAGAGUUAAGGUAGUACAGGAUUUGGUGGGGUCCUGCUGUUCACUGGUGUCCGGAAUACUGCUGGACUGUCCGGAAUUCACUCUCUGUCCACUGACAGCCACAUUGUUAUUGGGUACAAUAUUAGUGGACACCGUGAAUACGAGCCCAGAGGCAGGAAAGACAACUCUUCAUGACGAGGAGAUGUUACGCAGACUUACACAGAUAGUACCUGACCUAGAUAAGGACCAAUUGUAUAAAGACAUUCAGGAGGCAAAAAAUGACAUCACAGCUCUGAGCACACAGGAAGUCCUGGAGAAAGAUCUGAAGUGUGUUGUCCAUGGCGACCGGUCGGUGGUUACGUCGUCCGUACCCGCGUCUUUAGAGGUAUUUUUGUGUCGUCCCGAUGUGUUGGAGGCCAUGGGUUCAGUGAUGCAUGAACGGAAAGGACAGAGUAUGGUUGUCAUGACAAUGCAUGUGAACAAAGGGGUCCCUAGCAGGGAAAUUUUAAUUUUCUCGCAAAGUGAAGCUGAAACAAAGAAGCUGGCAGAAUUCUUAAAGACAAAUCAAGAAAUUGAACUAUCCUUGCAACCUUUCACCUGUGACCUUAAAUCCUCAUUAGCAUAUUACCAAGGAAAUGUCAAAGCAUCUAGAAAGAAAGUCUUACCAUUGGUCAAAUCUUAUCUGCAAGUAACAAACAUACCUCAGGGUGACCUGCUGUUGAACUUUGACCCUUUGGGGUCAACUGUGAACUCCGACACUCUUUUAGAUUUUUCAGAUAAUUCUGCAUCAGUGCCAAAGGACAGCGGGAGCACGAAUCCCAUCUUUUUGCUUGAACCAGCAGCGAAUUCUAACAACAAUUCUACCUCACGGGAUCUCCUGGGAUUGUUUGAUAGCACUGCUACCCAAAAUAAUCCCAAAAUCAACAUCAAGCUAUCUAACUCCCCUGAGGGGCCAUCCACCAGUUCAGGAAUUCCCGAUUUGUUGGGAGAUUUCACGGAGGCCGAUGUGAUGGAGUCUCCACUACGCACCCCAGAUUUGAUGCAGAGUCUUUCGGAGGCUUCUUCCGGCCCAGGUUCCACAAUGAACUCUCAUCCGGGGUCGGGAUAUCCUAGUCACACAGUAACACCCCCAGAAACAGCCACGCCCCCCAACAGUCUGAUCUCAUCAGGGUUUCAUAGCAACAACGAAUUUACGCUACCUAGCAUGAACAACGCAGAAAUUAUUGAAAAGAUUCAGCAGAAAAAAAGCCAGAUGAUGCCUCAUGGAUCUAGAGGAGACUCCUCGGAAAAUUAUCCAUUUACUCCGAAUAACAGCGUGGCGGACAUUCAGUUUGACUCCUUGGCAAGGGAACAUAAUCUACGCACUUUGAAUAAUUCUCAGAUGGUGCAACAGGUGGAACACAAGAGGAAGUCUUUAGGUGGAGAAGCGGAGCUGUUGCCUGCAUCAGACCUAGGCGGGGAGAAUGUGCCCUUCACACCACAAAACAGUUUUGUGUCGGAACAGUUUAGCGAGUUUUACAGUCGUGAAUCCAGUCUCCCAAGUCUGAAUAACGCAGAAAUGUUGCAACGAAUUCAAGAGAAACGGGCAAGCAUGGCAGGAGGCGAUAUUGAGGCUGACCGAGAGGAGGAGGAGGACUCGGUUCCUUUCACUCCCCAAAACAGCUUCAUAGAAAGUAACUUUGACUUGAUAGCGAAGGAGUACAUGUUACCUAGCCUGAACAAUGCAGACACGGUACGACAGGUUCAACAGAAACGUUCCUCACUGAGCAGCAGACUAGAAGAUACAGAAGCAGCCGAGUCCGCUGCUCCUGUAGAAGGGGGCGUGUCCUCAACUGAUGCAGAGGGAGGUGUGUCCCCUGGACAGAGUUUCUCCCCUUUCACUCCUCAGAACAGCUUCGUGGAAUCCAAUAUGGAGAAGUUUGACAAACUAGGCCUGGAUUUUAAUUCCCUCAAUACCCGUCUUCUCGACAUCAGUCAGGAUAAACCCACGGCAGCUCUACCACUGGUGCCAAAUUUAUCACAGCUUGACCCCAUGACCUUUAACCCCACGACAACCAUACCGGAAAAUGUGGUUGCCAAGAAAAUAGCUGAAGACAUGACGAUGGACUCUCAACAAGCUUCUGCAAGCUGGCAGCUGCUGGAGUUGGACUUUGAUGAUGACAAUGAUGGUGACAGCACUGCAAAGAAUCAUGGGAAAUCCAGUGGAACUAUGGGAAAAGAGGGUGCCCCAGGAGCUCAGAAGGAGGGAAGCCAGUCUGACGAGACUGGGCCAAUGAAGGGGGAUUCCCCUUUACAGGAUGUAGCCUUCUCCCUGGCAGGGGACCUAAUUGAACAUGUGUUGGACAACUUUGAACCGGAGGGAGUUUUAGUGAACAAUGCAUUAGCUGGUUCUCCUGCUGCAGGGGAUGGAUCGGAUGUUCUGGAACCUACACUAGAGAAGCCGGUGGAGGAGAGACGGGUACCAAGUGUGACUGUCACCAAUAUUGACCCGGAAUCACCACUGAGGAAGGCAGCCAGUAAUAAUCAGCUGAUCACCUUGGAAACAGAAUACCUGUCCAGAGUUGACCCAUUCCACGGAAACUAUGACCUAGUUACCAACCAAGGGGAUCGGGAAGUCGUGGAGAGCUCGAGUUUCCGCAGAAUAAGCGGGGAAUCCCCGAAAACAGUCCGUGAGGAAAUUCUGAAAGCAGUCUCCCCUGAAUCGCUGGCGGACAAGGAACUGUCAGCUGGCUCAGAGGCAGGAAGUGAGGAGGAAUGGAAUGAAGAAAGGACGGAGAAGAAUGCAGAUAGAAAGAUUGAAGAAGGAAAAGAGGGAGGAGUGAUUGAGGAAAAAGAUGGAAUCAAAAUUGAAACCGAAGAUUCUGAGAAUACAGAGGAACACCCCCCUUCUCCCUUGCUACAGGUAGCACAGAAUCUGACAGAGGCUGUCAUCAAAAACGCAGUCCAACUAAUCCAGUCAGAGACAGUGCCCUCACCAGAAUCAAACGAGGAAAAGGUUACCUCAGAUUCUCCGCCAUCGCCAGAAUCAAACGGGGAAAAGGUUACCUCAGAUUCUCCGCCAUCACCAGAAUCAAUGGAGGAAAAGGUUACCUCAGGUACUCCGCUACCACCAGAAGCAAACGAGGAAAAGGUUACCUCAGAUUCUCCGCCAUCACCAGAAUCAAAUGAGAAAAAGGUUACCUUAGACUCUCCACCAUCGCCAGAAUCAAACGAGGAAAAGGUUACCUCAAAUUUUCCGCCAUCGCCAGAAUCAAACAAGGAAAAGGUUACCUCAGAUUCUCCGCCCUCACCAGAAUCAAACGAGGAAAAGGUUACCUCAGAUACUCCGCCAUCGCCAGAAUCAAACGAGGAAAAGGUUACCUCAGAUUCUCCGCCAUCGCCAGAAUCAAACGAAGAUAAAGUUUCCCCAGAUUCUCUGUCGUUGCCAGAAUCAAACGGAGAAAAGGUUUCCUUAGAUUCGCCAUCAUUGCCAGAAUCAAACGAGGAAAACGUUAACCCAGAUUCUCCGUCUAUGUUCAAUUUUGACUCGGUGGACAGCAUGGAAGAAUCUGGGUCGUCACCAUCGGACAGAUCGUCCUCGACAACGGAGGCCAGCUACAGGCUCUCCUCCCCAGAGUGCACGGGAGGAGCUGAGGGCGAGGACCGCCCCGUGGUAAAUAACUCCUGUCUCUCCCAGGGCAGCAUUAGUAACGAGAGUUUAUCAUCGUAUGCCGUCAUCAGAAGUGAUGUGGAUUUAGAUAAGGUACAAAAAUCUGGGAUAUCAUUCGGCAGUAUCAGCAAUGAAAGUCUGUCAUCGUAUUCCGGAAUGAAGAGUGACCAGAAUGAAGAAAGUCUGUCGACUUUUUCCGGAAUGAAGAGUGACAAGGAUGUAGACAAAAGUGGCGGUGCUGGGCUGUCUGUAGCUAGCAUCAGCAACGAAAGUUUGGCGUCGUACUCGGGUGUCAAAAGUGACAUGAAUUUAGUAGAUUUACAGGGUGAGGUCUUUCCUUCGUCAGAUGAUUGUGUACCUGGGAAUCCACCAUCUAUAACAGCCGAGGAGUCAGCUGAUGCGAAAGUGACCGAGGAAAGCUCCGUGGUGCUAUUCAAAGUGGAAUCCGACGAUAAUCUAGAACAAGAAUCGGAUGAAAUGAGAAAAAAGAUAGAAGGAGCUUCUAGGGACAUGGUGAUAAAUGGAUUGACCAGCGUUAUACUGGACGAGGAAGUCCGAUUGUCAGAGUCUUCCAUGUCCUCCAACCUCACGCCAACGAGUCCAGUGGACGAGGAAGUCCGAUUGUCAGAGUCUUCCAUGUCCUCCAACCUCAUGCCAAUGAGUCCAGUGGACGAGGAAGGGACGGUGAAAUCAUCUCAGUCCAAUGAGGGCCUCGCUUCCAUGUCGGUGUCCAGUGAUGCAUUUGAUGUUGUGGACUCCACAGGGAGGAAGGAUACAGCUGAGGAUUUGGAUGAAACCAAGAAAACUUCAAGUAAUGAUAUGAACGAUCAAGAGAAAAAAUUCAAGGAUCGACUUAGGGGCCUGGACCUGUCUGACGAAUGGCAAGAGGACGAUAUACCCGGAAUGCCCCCCGCAGAGAAUGUGUCGGAAUCCAGCGACUCGGAAGGUUCACGAUCGAGACAUUCCAGUAACUCCAGCUUCUCCAGUACGGAGGGAGUGCGAUCGUCGUCACUUAUCACUCACCCAAAGAAAAAGAUCACAGCCAAUCUGAACAUCCUUAGCGAUGACCUUGACGAUGAUGGCAUGGACCCCGGAGACGGCCUCGAGUGGGAAAAUGACACCCCAAUCAAACAGAUGGAACCUAUCCCACAAUUCUCCGCUCAGGAUGAGUACAAGGAAUCGAAACUCUGGAAGGGUGUGGAGAUCGGGGGGAAGAGUAUGAAAAUUGACCUGAAGGUCAUUGAGCCGUACAAAAGAGUGCUCUCUCAUGGAGGUUACUAUGGCGAUGGGCUGAAUGCCAUUAUUAUAUUUUCGGGUUGCUACUUACCGGAUCGUAGCAGACGAGAUUACCAGUAUGUGAUGGACAACUUAUUCAUGUAUGUGAUAAGUACAUUGGAGACUCUGGUUGCCGAGGACUACAUGAUUGUAUAUUUCCAUGGUGCUACUCCCCGGCGACAGAUGCCGAGUUUUGGUUGGCUGAAGAAAUGUUACCAGAUGAUUGACAGAAGACUACGGAAGAAUCUGAAGUCCCUGUUGCUGAUUCACCCCACGCUGUGGUUAAAAACCAUCGUGAUGAUGACAAGGCCCUUUAUCAGUGCCAAAUUUUCCUCCAAGCUGCGGUUUGUGCGAUCGCUGUCAGAUUUAGGUCAGAUCAUUCCGAUGGAGUACAUCAACGUCCCAGAACAAGUACAACAAAUAGAAAUCAUGCUGGCACAAAAUCCCAAUUUUCUGGAGGAAUUUGACAAUGAAAAGGAAGACAAAAAGAAAGAAAAGGAAAGAAAGAAAGAAGAAAAACGAAAGAAGAAGGAGGAAGAGAAACAGAAAAAGCAGGAGGCUAAGACAGCCUCCAAGGGAAAAGGACUGAAGGGUUUCUUCAGAAGGAAGUGAAAUAUGGAAGUUAAGGAAGCAUAACACACCAAUGAAAAAUGGCAGCCAUGGAAACUAGGAAAUGCCUUCUAAGUUUUGUUUCACAGAGCAAAAAUGUUGCUGUUUUAGUUUAUUAUCAUUAAGACAAAAAUAGAUUUGAAACCCCUGUCAAACUCGGCAUGGUUUAUCUUUCGUAUUCCACAGACCAACCCAGACAGGUGUAGAAUCUUAAAAGGUCAAUAUAAUGAUUCAUCACAUUAUUAUUUUAUUACAUUUAUGGGAUACAAGUAAAUAUUUGUGAUAAAGUGGUAUUCCUCCUGUCAUUUUUUAAUGGAAAUAGGUUAAAAAUAUCAAGAAAUGAACAGCAAUUUAAUUGAUAUUUGUAUGGCAGAAGAAAACGUGCAUUUCUUUCAAAAUAUUUUCUCAUGUGCAUGGGUAUUCAUGACGUAAAGGUAUGUUGAUUAAGUGUUUUACUGUGAUAGAAAUUAGCUGUGUUUGAUAAACCAUCGACAAUGAAGUUGAUUUUUUUUUUUUGAUUUUAUGGAUUUAUUUUUGUUUUAAAUUUGUACAUUUCAUUUUAUUUAAAUUCAUUUUGAUCGUGUGUGGUACACGAUUUAUAUUUUUGCUUAACCAAAUUUGUGAAAUGUAUGUAUGUUAUGUGAUCUGCUAAAAACAAUCCAUACUCUUGAUAAGAUAUGUUUUCAUUCAAUGUUGCAUGUCAACAAGAUCACCUUAAAAUGUAUACUAUCAACUGAUUUGCACAAAGGAUCAGAAAUGUGAUUGAAUAUUGUAUGAAUUAUAGUCAAACCUCAUUAUUUUAACUUGAUGGAGCCGAGAAAAAACCUUUGCGAUAUCCGAGUGUUGGAAAUAUUGAGGUUAAAUUCAUUAAGAAAUUCCAGAUAUCAAUGUUCGAGAUUGAACUGUGUCUUGUUUCUUUGAUAUUUACGCACAGCACUUAAAUCGGUAAGAAUAUACGUGUUAAAUAAUACACGUGUACUAAUUGUGUACAUCACUUAAAUCGGUAAGAAUAUACGUGUUUAAUAAUACACAUGUACUAAUUGUGCAGGGGAGGAGAGUGCCUUGUAAUUUAAAAAAAAAAGCAGUCAACACUUGUUUUCGCCUCAGUUUAGUACAAAUUUUUUUCAUUUUGAAAUUUUCACUGAAAUUUUUGACAGUAGCUAGCCUUUUAAUAUUUCGUGCAUACUCUAAAUGUUUUACUUUUCGCUUCACUGAGACGUUCAGCAAUUGUGUGUAUAUUUAUCUGCUUUAAAUAUCCAUCAUGAUUAUUGGCCAUAAACUCUUGUGUAGAAAUAUAAAAUUGAUUUAUUCUUCUGAAAUAGCAUCAUCACGAGUUGUGUGCCAAGAAUUAACGUAGGAAAUGAAUGGAUGGUUUACCGCUUACAAAUCUUGACAGUUUGAUUUAUCACAAUACAUCAAUGUUUACUGUAGCAUUAUUUGUCGUAUAGUGACUUCCCACCUGUGUAUAGAUGUUAUAUGUGAUGUUGUGUAUAUCCGCAAUCGGGUUGAAAUAAGAUCUUGAUCCGCUCCCGAUAUGACAUGUUGCUACAGUGUCGACAUUUUAAACCGGGAGCGGAUUUAACAUCUUACUCUGAUUAAAUGCUGACAAUGUAUCUUUUCUGCUGAGGCAUAUUAUUCACUUGUUACAGUUGUUUCUCUUGUUUUGUAAAUAAUUUUGAAAUAUUUUAAUAAAUCACAAAAUUACAUAAUGGAA